GUAGUGGUAUCAUAGUACCCUCCCACGGUACUGACCGGGGUUCGAUUCCCCGGAUGCGCAUCUUUUCCUCUAUCAUUUUUUCACUGUUUGGUUGCGGAGAAAGGGAUCGCCACUAAUCUCUCUCUGUGUUGUAUAUUUAUCCGAUCAAGUGCGAGAGAGAGUAACUUAAUUGCACGCUUUUGAAGUCACCUCCUUCGAUGUUUUCCAACCCAGUAAAGUCUUUUACUCCCAUAACAUACAGAAUUCUCCAUCUCCUAAGCAAUUGCAGAUAUCCCACGCACAUCCACCAAAUUCAUGCCCAACUCAUCGUCCAAAACCUGCAUUCAAACACCACCAUUGCCCACCACUUCAUCACUGCCUCCCAAACCUUAGGCCUAUUGGACUCCGCCCUAUUACUCUUCACCCAACUAUCCAGACCCCAUGUUUUCAUUUGCAACACACUUAUUAGAGCCUUUUCUCACUCCCACAUACCACAUACCCCUCUCUCCAUAUACAGCCACAUGCACGGAAACUCUACCCUUCCUAAUAACUAUACCUUCCCUUUCCUCCUUAAGUCCUUGUCUGACUUCCGUGAACUUAAGCUGGGCGAAUGCAUACAUACCCAUAUUAUAAAACUGGGUCAUGUUAAUGAUAUUUAUGUUGAAAAUGCAUUGUUGGAUUUAUAUGCAUCAUGUGGGCGUUUGGGAUUAUGUCAACGCGUGUUCGAUGAAAUGCCUCAGAGAGAUGUUGUGUCGUGGACUGUUUUGAUUACGGGAUAUAAGAAUGCUGGGAAGUAUGAUGAUGCUUUGAUUGCUUUUGAAGAAAUGCAAUAUGCAGGUGUGGUACCGAAUCAGGUUACUAUGGUUAAUGUCUUGGCAGCGUGUUCAAAUUUUGGGGCCCUUGAAAUGGGUGUUUGGAUUCAUGAUUUUAUAAAGAAGAGGGCAUGGGAGUUGGAUGUGAUUUUGGGGACUGCUUUGAUUGAUAUGUAUGGAAAAUGUGGGAGAAUUGAAGAGAGUUUGGGUGUUUUCAGAAGCAUGAAGGAAAAGAAUGUACUUACGUGGAAUGCACUUAUUAAAGGACUAGCUCUAGCUAAGAGUGGGGAGGAGGCUAUUUGGUGGUUCAAUAGAAUGGAACAGGAGGGAUUCAAGGCCGAUGAAGUGACUCUGGUCGGGGUGCUAUGUGCUUGUAGUCACUCGGGGUUGGUAGAUACUGGUCAACGGAUCUUUAAUUCCCUGAUUGAUGGGAGGUUUGGGUUUUUACCCAAUAUCAGACAUUAUGCUUGUAUAAUUGACCUGUAUGCACGUGCUGGACGUGUCGAAGACGCUUUCAAUUUCAUAAAAGUUAUGCAUUUUAAGCCCACCAAAGCUAUGUGGGGAUCCCUGCUAGCUGGUUCUAGAGCUCAGGGGAAUUUGGAAUUCGGUGAGUUUGCAGCUUGGAAGCUCCUGGAACUGGAGCCAGAGAAUAGUGCUUUCUACGUUGUGCUAUCUAAUCUGUAUGCAGAGAUGGGAAGAUGGAGCGACGUCGAGAAAGUGAGGAUUAUGAUGAAAGACAGAGGACUUAAGAAGGACUUGGGCUGUAGUUCUGUUGGACCUGAACCCCUGGAGGAUGUUUUUGAAUUCUUAGCACAAUAAGUAAUCUGCCUGGAAUAUAAGAAUGAAUCAUCCCGUUUGUUUCAAUGGAGGAUCCUCUGCUCUAUAGUUUGAUUGGACCUACUUGUGAUUGAGCAAAUCAUGGGACACAUUUGUUUAGUUUCUAAACGCUCUGUUUUAGCUCCAAUAUUUGGUCGCAGCAUUAAUCAUUGAAUCAGUUUCGAUUGCCUUAACUGGCCUGGCUGAAUCUCUGCAAUAGCUGUCUGAAGAAAGGUGAUGGAUGUAUCUCCUUCAAGGAUGCUACUUUCUGAUUGUUGAGCUCUCAUCAGUUUUUGUUGGUGAAAGCAUAUGCGUUUUAAAGUUGAUGUAAAACUGCCAUUUUUAGAUUGAAUUUUCAAGCUCAUAGAGAAUAGGGAUGGAUUUGUUAGAAUGUACACAGCAGCAAAACACAUCAGCAAUGCAAGACACAGCCCUUCACAGCUCAACUGUACCUCAUCAGCAGAAUGUGGAAUCAAGAGAACUUUCUAGAUUAAAUCCAAAUGGAUGAGCUGUCAUUCUGUUAUGAUUUUCUGUACCAAAGUUUGUUAGGAUCAGAUUCUUUUAUUCCUUUUGCAAUGUAUAUAUAUACAUGCAUUAUUGUACGAGAAAUAUCGAUCACAAUAUACAGAAAGUAUUUUCUGCAUCUUCUUCCUCUGCUUCAUUUGCUCUGUUAUCUUUCUGCUUUUAUCAAAACCGACAUGGUAUCAGAGCCAUAAUGACUUAAGACGAUACAAACCCUCCACUCAACACCAAUCCUAAAGACCCUUCCAGCCCAUACUUCCUUAACCUAAACAAUGGUCCUGCAACCUUACUCACAAACCACCUUCUCACUGUCGAGAACUACCAUUCAUGGGCUCGCACCAUUCGUCGCUCCUUUUGAAUCAAGAAGAAAUUAGGGUUCAUUGAUAGAACCCUUCUUGAACCCACCUCUCCAAAUAAAUUGUUGGAAUCAUGGCUUGAAUGUAAUGAUAUGGUUGUGACUUGGCUCCAAAAUGCUAUGUCCCUCGAAAUUAAGAAUAGUGUUGUGUAUGUUGAGACAGCUCAUGCCCUAUGGCUUGAGUUGGAGCAACACUUUGCACAAAAUAAUGGACCUAGAAUUUAUGAAUUGAAACAGUCCAUUCACUCUCUUACUCAAGGCGUUGAUUCAGUCAGCCUCUAUUUUUCAAAAUUGAAGGGUUUACAGUUGGGAUUGCACAAUCUUCUUGUUUGAAUUUUACUCAUCCAAGUAGCAUACGAAUUGGUAAUAUGCGCGCAAGAGUAAUUAUUUAAAAUAUGCUUCAUAAACAUAGUAAUGAUGAUUGAAGACAAAGCUCCCUUAACUACUUAUGAAAGCAAACCUAAAAACACAAGUCCUCAUACUGAACGUAGGAGACAUUAACACUAUAAAAACAGAAUA